UGUGGGUACGAAUCAUUACUGUUUAAUAUAUUAAUUUUAUUUUGAUCAAUCCCUGUUGGUCUGUACGCUGCCGCGCCUCUCCAUCUCAAACACUCCCCUCCUUCGUCGUCGCCGGCUUUAUCGCCGGCCAGCCUCACCACUCCGCCGGACAUCUACCACAAGUCUUCAACUUUCUAUCGACAACACAGAUCUGAAUCAUCUCACAGUGAGGGCUCAGGGUGUAUUUUUGUUUUGGAGGAAGGCUAAGAGGAAGCAUGAAGGGUCAUGAAGCAAAGAUGCCAAGAAUGGAGGACAUUCUAAACCUGCCAGUGCAGGAUCCUCCUUUUACAGAGUUUUCUGCAGCUCAUCUAAAUUGGGUAAAAGUAGAAGGUGGUCGGCAAGGUGGUGACGAUAUUGCUUUAAUCCCUUAUGCUAGAGUGGAUAAUUUUGUGAAAGGAGAAUCUGGUAAUGCAGAAUGCCCUGCAAGCUUCCGGGUUGAGUCAAGAAGGAAAAGACCUGAAGGGAGUGUCAGCAAACCAAGGGUUGAUGGUUAUCUUGAAUAUACGCUAUAUUGGUGUUCCUAUGGUCCAGAAGACUACAGGGACAGUGAGUCUGGUAUUGGGGAUAGUGCAAACAUUAAACCUGCCUCGGGCAAGGGAAGCAGGCCAGGGAGACGUCACAUGAUGAGAGGGUGCCUUUGCCAUUUUACUGUUAAACGCCUAUACACUCGCCCCCUAUUAGCCCUGAUCAUCUACAACCAGCGAAACCAUGUAGAUAAAACAGGGGCUCCAUGCCAUGGGAUACUGGAUCAUGAUGCCAUGGGAACAAGAGCUAUGUAUGCUCCUCGAAUUUCUGAGGAAUUACGCCAGAAAGUUAUGUCUAUGCUUUAUGUUGGUAUAUCUCUGGACAACGUAAUGCAACAUCACAUGGAAGAGGUGCAGAGGCAUGGAGGGCCCCACAACCGUGACGAUUUCCUUACUCGCAAUGAUGUCCGUAACAUGGAAAGACUUAUUCGUAACUCCUCUCAUGAGUUACAUGGGAAUGAUGAACGCAGUGUAAAAAUGUGGGUACAACGCCACCAGAAACAUGUGUUCUUCUUCCAAGAUAACUAUGGUUCGGAACCAUUUAUUUUAGGGAUACAAACUGAUUGGCAGCUGCAGCAGAUGCUCCGUUAUGGACAUAAUGGUUCAGUAGCUUCUCAUUCAGCGUUUGGCUUGAAGAAAUUUAAGUAUCCUCUGUGUUCAUUACUUGUAUUUGACUCAUCGCGGAAUGCAAUUCCAGUUGCAUGGGUCAUCACUUCUUGUGAUGUUGGUCAAGAUAUCCAUAAAUGGAUGGUAUCCCUUGUUGAGAGGAUCCGAACCAAGGACCCCAGAUUUAGACCUAAUGCCUUCUUAGUGGAUGAUCCUUCUUUUGAGACAUCUAUUAUUAGAGAGGCCUUCCAAUGCCGAGUCCUAGUAUGCCUAUGGCAUAUCCGCCGUGCCUGGUUAAAAUGCCUUUUAAAGAAAUGCUGCAACUUUGACGUGCAGCGAGAGAUGUUUAAGCACUUAGGCCGGAUUUUGUAUUGCACAAGAAACACGCCAAACACUUUAGAUGCAGUUGAAGAGUUUAUGCAAAUAUUUGUUGAUCAAUGCGCCUUUAUGGAUUAUUUUAGAAAUCAGUGGUUACCAAAGAUAGAACUGUGGGUGAAUAGCAUAAGAACCCUCCCUGUGGCAAGUCAAGAACCUUAUUCUGCAAUCGAGGCAUAUCACCUAAGAUUGAAAUCAAAAGUUUUCAACAAGCUGCAUGCUAGUUUCUGGCUGAGAGUUGACUGGUUGAUCCACACAUUGACAACUGAAUUUCACUCCUUGUAUUGGCUUGAUCAGUACAUAGUAGAGACAGGAUACUUUGAAAAUCUGAGGGAUGGGUCCUUCUCAACCAACUCUUGGUAUGAGGCCAUGCACAUCCCAGAUGUUGAUGUGUUGUUAGAUGAAGAAAAUCUCCAGCUUGCAAAAGUCAUUUCUCAAACUGACCGGACUGUGGCAUAUACAAUUUGGAAUCCUGGUUCAGAAUUCUCGCUCUGUGAUUGCCCCUGGUCAAGGAUGGGGAACCUUUGUAAGCACAUUGUUAAGGUAGCAAUACUAUGUAAAAGUCGGCAAGUUGCUAGGCCAUUGUUAGCAGCUCAAGUUUAUCGGCAAUCCUUGCUUAACCUUCUGCAAAACACCCCAGAUGAUCCUCUGGUUCUUGAUCACGCCAUUUUACAUGCAACACGCUUUCAACAAGACAUCAAAGGUUUGGAGGACUUGUCUAAUAGUGGACUGCUCCAACCUUUACCUCCUGAUACAAAUUCUCAAAUAGUGGACAAUCUGCUGCUUUUUUCACGACUCCAUUGAUGGGUCAUUGAAGACGAGAUGUUGUGUUUGGGAUGAAUGUUUUCUGCUUCCAUGUCCAAGCCAGUCUGUGAGGUUAUGAAGUUAUAUUGAGAAUAUUAUUUCACCAGCCAAGAUUCAGACUUGAAAAAGAAUCAGAUCUUAUCAUUGUGCUUUCGAAAGUUCAAGCUGUCUUCAUGAAACUCCAAUUCUUUGCAUGCAGAGUGAACUUGGCAUGAGGGAUUUAUUUUUCUCGGCUUAAAUUUGAAUUCCCAAGCAAGGCUUUGCGGAAAGGAAAUGAACUCGCAUGAUCUACAGACAAUGUGCUUCAAAUUUCUCAAGGACUUGCCAUUGGAUCAUAUUCGUGCUCAACCAAAUACUCUUAUCACAAUGAGCUGUGAUGUCAACCAAGAAGAAGCCGACCAUGAGCAAAAAGAGGGCGAAUCAAAAAAAUAUACAAAAUAUGUGAUUGAGAAGGUUUUCUAGGCGAAGUUAGACAAUCUGCAAGAAUGGUUGACCAAAGAGCCUACAAAUGAAAUUUGCGGUGUUAAAUUCAACAAGAAAAAGAAGUAGUUGCAUGUGAUAUAUUAGUCAGCUCAAAACCCUUGAAUCAAAUGAUGGAAAAAAGAAAUUAACCACUCACUGCCAAGGCUUGUGAAGGUCAUGCCAAAGGUGCACAAAUGCAUGGAUCUGUAAAGAUUUUGAAAUACGAAAUGGAGUUCCUAUAUCAAUAAGAACACUGAGGCACAAGUUGAAGUACUUCCUGAUAAAUUGCACAAAUUUUACAAUGAGGCUUGUCAAUGAACUUUCUUUUGUCAUGUAGGUUGUUCAAAGAAUUGGAAGACAAUUUUCUCAACAUAUGUACAUUACUAUAUUAUUGAGUUAUUGUUGACACAAUUUUACUAGACGAAAUCAAAUUUGAGAAAGAGAGAUGUUCGUUUGAUGGUAUUGAUUUAAGGGGGCUAUGGUGGUAGAUGUUUGAUGGUGGUUUUGAGAUGCUGGUGGUGAUGAUGUGGAGUAGGGAGUUGGAUGAUGGUGUUUUUUGGUUGAGAGAGAACUAUUGGCUAAAAACUUGUGUUCGGUGGGUCAUGGAGUUGAUUUAAAGUUAUAUUUGAUCCGAGUCUUUUUCAA